ACAGUGGACAAUUUUACCUUUUGGGGUUCAUUUAUCAUCCUCUCUGGUUUAAGUUCCUUAACAUUAUUCCUUCUGCCAUUGGUUUCUCUACCCAUUCGCUUUUGAGGUCGGAAAGAGCGGCACAGAGUGAGAGAAAGCGAGGGAGAAGAGCAGGAGCAAGCUGCUGGGAAUAUCUGGAUUCUCAACGACACCGCAGAGCAAAACACAAAUUAAGGUAUAAUGGACUCCAACAGUGAAGACGGAGAGUACCACAAUCUUGACUAUGCCUUACAAAGGAAUGAAACCCAAUACAGAGUGACUUAUACACAUGUGGGAAACACAAAACAGGAGGAUUAUGAUAAAAACGAAGAGUUUUCCAAGAAGAGGAAUCCAGUGAGUCGUUCAGGCAGUGGCAGACUGAAGCGGGUGGUGUCAUGCAAGAGGAAAACUUAUCAUCUCACGGUGGCUCGGAGGAAGCAGCUUGGGAGUGGGAGGACUUAUGAUGCUGCAAACAAAGAGAAUGAGAUGAACUGCUUGCAGGACAUGAACCAGGAGAUAUUUGACGUAGAUCCUUGGGACUUUCCUCUCAGUGUCAAUAAAAACUACAAGACAGGCAGAACUGGUUCUGAGCAGGCAGACUACUGUACACUCACUGAGCUCACAAGAGAUCACAGCACAAUGAUUGACGUCCUUUUUGGAAGAAACCUGAGACUGAAAGUGUCUUUAACGCUGUGGCAGAGAAAUGUUGGAGAGCUGUUGACAUACUUCCUGAGAAUCCAAGACAUCGGUGUGCUGGUUGAUUUUCUCCCACUGAUAAGUAAAAGCAUUGAGGAGGACUCUCCCAGGAUCACCAUUGGCUGUUGUGUUGACCUCUUUCCUUUAGUUAAGAAAGUCCUCACUAAUCCAUAUGAAGAGUAUCUCACAGUCGGGUUAAAGUGGAUAAAUUCAGUUUUGAUAAAUUGGUGGGAGGAGCUUAGCACAAGUGGCUACAGUGGAUCAACGUCAGAUAAAAAUUUCCAGCUUUUUAAUCAGCAGUUAAUGGAGUUGUGGCGUCAGGAACCCUCACUGAAAUCUGUUCCAGGAGCUGCAGGAGACAUGGCAAAGGUGAUUGAUUCUUUCCUGUCUCAGCUAAAAUAAUGAAGAGCCUGGUAAAAGUUAAUUCUCUGGUAGCAAACGUAAAGAAUCAUGGAAUCACUGGAUUAAGUAUGAUAUUUUUCACGGUAAAACUGUCUUUUAGCUUGUACUGCACUAAUGUGAUGUCUGUAGAACUUGUUAUAUUUAUUGGUGGGAACAGCAGCAUGAAAGGAGAAUGUGCAAUAUUAAUUGAUAUAUGUAGUAAAUCUUAUUUCUUUGAUCAAGUCAACUGUAAAUAUGAUCACAAUUUGUUUUUCCUUAUGGCACUUCAUAGCCUUUAAUGAAUGUCAGACUUUUGUGCUAAUAUCUUGUCUAUCUGUUCUGGUUAAUUCUCACACUGGUGAUGAAUAAAUGUUUUAUUUAAAGAUUUAUAGUACAUCUUGGGCUUUGUGGUUGGCUUUGAAAUACUUGGUA